AUUUCUUUUUAUUUCUGAAUUAAUGGGAAUACUUCGCUUGUUUUCUUGAAAACAUUGCCAAAAUAUCAGCCGGUAAAUAUUAAACGAAAAUAAAACUAAUCUAAUUUUAACAUUUUCCAAAAUUAGCUCGCCUCUCCCGUCACUCCAGAGUGUACUAGAUUUUUCUUAGGUCAGCAAUAUAAGCACCGCAUGUUCGCAAGGCCAGCUAGAUUAUAGUUUUAAGUGCGAACGAACGAACACAAAGCGACGAAAAAAGCGUUUUUUUCCUCAAAUUUAAUUUUUUCAAAACUCGAAAAUGGGUACACACGAACAAUUUGAAAUUGAAGCUGAGCAGUACAAAGAACAAGGUAACACAGCUUUCAAGAACAGCGAAUAUGAUCAAGCUGUGAGGCUGUACACUAAAGCAAUCAAUGUGACCAAAGGUGAAAACAGGAACUUGGCUGUGUAUUACAAAAACAGGGCUGCAGCACAUCUGAAGCAGCAAAAGUACCAAGAGGCAUUAGAGGAUUGCGAUAAGUGCUUGGAAAUUGUACCAUCUGAUCCAAAAGCACUGUUCAGAAGGUAGGACAGAGUUAUAUAAAUCUGCAUUUCACUUUCGAAGCUUUAUCAUUGCAUAUAAAAACUGAUAGUUAAAUUAUGGUACACAGUGCAACGUAGGACAAUGUAAGAAAUUUUUUUGUCAUAAUUUUGAGCCAUCCAAUAAUUUUUUGUUAUAGAUUGCAGACAACCCUUUGUGACUAAAAUUUUUUUUUCAAAAUAAUUUAUUUUAUAUUAUAGAUACAGUGAGCUCCAGUUAUAAGGUACCCUCUAGGGAGAUCAAAAUGAGUACUUUAUGACUGGAGGUACAGUAUAAAGGAAACCCAUAAAAAUAAAUAUGUAAAUUUUUAUUUUAUUCAAUUAAAGGACUUAGGCCCCUAUCCUCAGUCGACCCUACAAUUGUAGGGCGCGUUUAUGGCCUCCUUGAUUAUCAUACUCCUUUCUCUCCUUCAAAAAUGUCUAGAUUACACUUGUCCCAUGUCAGCGUCAGCGCUCUCCUAUUGUGAAGAUUUGUUUCCCUUUUAAAUUGUAGGAAAUUUCAGGCUGAUAAAACAUGAUAUAACUCAAAACCAAGCACAAUUUGAUGCAAAUUGAUGUUUGUGACAUAACCUCAAAAUAGAGCGCUGACACGGAGAAGUAGAAAACUAUGACAAUCAAGGAGGCCAUAAAGGCGCCCUACAAUUGUAGGGACGGCUGACGAUACGGGCCUAAACUAACAAAAAAUACAUUCUAGAUGCCAAGCUCUGGAGGCACUCGGCAGGCUGGAAGAGGCGUACCGCGACGCAACCCAGAUCUUCAAAGACGACCCCACUAACAAAGAAAUCCAACCAGUACUAUCCCGCCUCUUGCCUAUAGUUCAAGAACGUGCCCGACAGAACGCCCAGACCAGCAACCGUUUGGAGUCCAUGACCAAAAUCGUUUUUGACGUAACUCAACCGACGGACAAGAGAGAGACUGCUAUGAACAACUUGUUGGUGUUAGCAAGAGAACAUGCUGGAGCUGAGAUUAUGGUGAAAACGCCCGUUGUCCAACAGAUCAAGAAGCUGCUGAAGGUCGAGAAGAACAAGGAGAUAUUUGUUACUGGGAUCAGGGUCAUUGGCGAACUAUGUAAACACAAUGAAACACGCACCAAACUCAUUCUAAAAGACGCUGGCAUCCCUUGGUUCUUAGAGAUAAUAGACAGCAAUGAUGAAAGACAAGUAAAUGCAGCAGAACACUGCAUGCAAACAAUCCUAAACGCCCUAUCUGGAAUGGAGAACAAACCAGACACCAAACCAAAUAAAGAACUUGUGGAGAAAAACAAAAAACACAUUGACACUCUGUUGUCUUGUCUAGUGUACGCUGUCAACAAUAGAGCCAUAUCAGGGUUGGCCAGAGACGCCAUCUUGGAACUGAUCAUGAGGAACAUCCAUUACAGUCAAUUAAAUUGGGCAGAGCAACUGUUGGAUAUCGGUGGCAUUGCGAGGAUCAUGGAAUGUGCAAGUGAACUAGAAGAGUACAAAUACGAAAGUGCUAUGAACAUAACGCCAUCGACUAGAACUAUAGCAGCACUUUGCUUGAGCAGAAUUCACGAAAAUAUGUACUACGACGCAGCUCGAGAGAAGUUUAUACAGAAAAUCGAAGACUUCAUCAAGGAUAAGCUGCUAACUCCAGACAUUGAGUCGAAGGUCCGCGUGACGGUUGCAAUAACAUCCUUACUGAGAGGACCUCUAGAUGUAGGAAAUGCUAUAAUAGGCAAAGAAGGCAUCAUGGAGAUGAUCCUUGUCAUGGCCAACACAGAUGAUGAGCUACAACAAAAAGUCGCCUGCGAAUGCAUCAUUGCAGCUGCUAGCAAAGCUGAUAAGGCUAAAGCAAUUAUUGCAAAGGGUGCUGACAUAUUGAAACAGCUCUACAAAUCCAAGAAUGACCAUAUUCGCAUCAGAGCCUUGGUAGGUUUGUGCAAGUUAGGCAGUUCAAGCGGCAACGACGCUUCGGUCAAACCAUUCGCCGAAGGAUCAACUGUAAAACUAGCAGAGGCUUGUAGAAGGUUUUUGCUGCAUCCGGGCAAGGAUAAGGAUAUCAGAAAAUGGGCUGCUGAAGGUCUUUCGUAUUUGACCUUGGACGCUGAGGUCAAGGAGAAACUCAUUGAAGACAAAGCGGCUCUGCAAGCUCUGGUGGAACUAGCAAAGUCUGGUGAUCAGUCAGUCCUCUUUGGCGUAGUGACAACGUUGGUCAAUCUAUGUAAUGCAUAUGACAAACAAGAAAUCAUUCCAGAAAUGGUGGAGCUAGCCAAGUUUGCCAAACAUCACAUUCCACAAGAACAUGAAUUAGACGACCCGGACUUUGUAACAAAACGUGUGAUCGCUCUGGCCCAGGCCAAUGUGACUACAGCAUUAGUAGUAUUGUCAAAGACAGAGAGUGACAACUCUCGCGAACUGAUUUCGCGCGUAUUUAACGCGUUAUGCGCAGAACAAGAACUUAGAGGAACGGUUGUGGCUCAAGGCGGUGUCAAGGUACUCAUGUCAUUGGCACUUAAAGGUACAGAGAAGGGGAAGAGACAAGCGUCACAAGCUUUGGCGAGGAUUGGGAUUACCAUGAAUCCUGAGGUUGCAUUCCCGGGGCAAAGAGCUCUGGAGGUGAUCCGACCGCUAAUAAAUAUUCUCCAUCCCGACUGCACCGGCUUAGAGAACUUUGAGGCUCUAAUGGCUCUUUGCAACUUGGCCCAAAUGAGCGAUACUGCAAGACAGAGGAUCAUCAAGGAAGGCGGUUUCGCCAAAAUUGAGCACUACAUGUUUGAAGACCACACGCACUUAUGCAGAGCUGCGGUGCAGUGCAUGUGUAAUAUGACACAGUCGGAAGAGGUAAUAAAAAUGUUUGAGUCCGGCGAAAACGAUCGGGUCAAAUACGCGGUAGCUCUCUGUCUAGACGAAGACAAAGAAACCGCAAUGGCCGCGGCGGGUCUUUUAGCCAUCAUCACCGGAUCAAGCAAAAAAUGCUGCGAGAAAGUCUUCGAUUCCAAAAACUGGCUCGAUUCCAUGCAUUGUUUGCUGGCCAAUCCAUCGCUGGAUAUGCAAUACAGGGGUGUUUGCGUCGUUUACAACAUCAUCAGUGCCUCUAAGGAGCUGACUGAGAAACUGAUGGAAACAGACGUAAUGGAGAUUUUGUUGGCAAUAUCAAAAUUGACUCCUUAUGACGGAAGAGACAAGAUUGUGAAAGUAGCUCAAGAGGCAUUAGAAGAAGCAGAGAAAUGGGGAGUGAUCAAGAAACCGGGACAAGAAGAGGAUGAUUGAAGAGAUGACAAUGAUCAGAAGUGGGAUUGACUUCAUAAGACAAAGAAGUCCUUAAAUAUUCAGGAGGCUUCUGUGCAUAUGAGAGUUGAAGAAUAUCCAGCUUUUGUCUAUGUACUUAACGAUGUAUUUUAGAACAUGACUGCCUUAUAGUACUUUUUUCAUUGUGCCUUGUAUUUAUUUUGUACCUAUAGAAGUUUAUAUAAUUGUUUAUAAUAAACAAUGUUUGAAAAUAUUUUCUUCUUUUUCUAUAAA